AUGAAGAGUCUCCGGAGGGAUGUUUCUUCUAACCCACAGGCCGCAAAUGUUACUAGCAAGGUCUUUGUGAGGUCCACGAAAAGCGGAAAGGUGCAAAAGAUCGUUCGAGAGCUUUAUCUGCGACAAGACAUUCCUUGCUCUUCGAAGCUGUGCUCAUUAUGCCCGUCAAUUGCGCCGGCCGAUGCCAAUGGAAACAUUGCGCCGUUCAUCCUCUCCGACCGUCCCGCCGGGACGAAAGCGUUUCCCCGAGGCCACUAUCUUGUUCCCGAUACGAAUGCGCUUCUGAACGGAAUGGAUCUUUUCGAGCACACCGGGGCAUUCUAUGACGUGAUAAUCCUCCAGACUGUCCUCGAAGAGUUGAAGAAUCAGUCGCUACCGCUCUACAAUCGUCUGUUGGCCCUGAUUAAAACCGACGAAAAACGCUUUUACCUUUUCUUUAAUGAGUUUCGCCUGGAGACACAUGUUCGGAGAGGCCCCGACGAGUCAAUUAACGAUCGGAACGAUCGCGCCGUGCGCACGGUAGCAAGUUGGUAUGGGGAACACCUUCGAGAGUCGUCAAAGAACGGGAAGAAAGAGAAAGCAGUACCUGCUAUAGUGGUCAUUACAGAUGACAGGGACAGCCUCCGGAAAGCAAAGGAUGAACAUAUCACGGCCUUGUCACUGGCUGAUUAUGUCGCCGGUUUGGAGGAUCCGGGGAGGCUACUGGAUAUGAUCAGCGAGUCCAAGGAAGCACGGGAUGCGAAGGGUGCAGCUCGUGGGGAGCUGUUUUACCCGGAAUACUACACCAUGUCGAAGCUCAUGACAGGCUUGCGAGCAGGAAAUCUCCACCAGGGAGUGUUCAAUGUUUCGCCUUACAAUUACCUGGAAGGCUCCGUUAAUGUUGCAGCCUUUGACAAACCUCUUCUUAUUCUGGGACGCGACAACAGCAACCGUGCUAUUGCAGGCGAUGUCGUCGUGGUUGAGGUGCUACCGAAAGAUCAAUGGAAGACCCCCUCGACGAAGAUUGUGGAUGAGGAAGCGGUGACUCAAAAUGACAAUCCCGACACGGAAGAAACCGAGGCAGUCGUCACGGAUAGAGAGCGCAAAGCUCUCCAAGAAGAGGUCAAGAAGGCCCAUGGCAAGGGCGCAGAGGGCAAGCCGCAGCCAACUGCCAAGGUGGUUGGUGUUAUCAAGCGCAGUUGGCGUCAAUACGUGGGACAUGUCGAUCCCAAUUCGACCGGCUCACAGAGUGCUUCAGGCAGGCGGCAGCAAAUGGUGUUUCUGCUUCCCAUGGACAAGCGAGUACCGAAGAUCAGAGUGCGGACUAGGCAGGCCAGCGAUCUGCUCGAUCAGCGUAUCCUGGUCACUAUUGACUCUUGGGAUCGGAAUUCUCGGUAUCCUACUGGCCACUUCAUUCGCUCUCUUGGAGAGCUGGAGACUAAGGGAGCGGAAACCGAGGCUCUGUUGCUUGAGUAUGAUGUGCAAUACAAGCCAUUCCCCAAGUCCGUUUUGGACUGUCUUCCCUCAGAAGGACAUGAUUGGAAGGUGCCUGCGUCGAAAGAACACAAGGGCUGGAGGGGCCGCAGAGAUCUCAGAGAUCUGCUUAUUUGCAGCAUUGACCCACCGGGCUGUCAGGAUAUUGACGACGCCCUCCACGCGCGUCUUCUGCCGAACGGAAACUUCGAAGUUGGCGUCCACAUUGCGGAUGUGUCGCACUUUGUGAAGCCGAACAAUGCCAUGAAUCUUGAAGCCAGUGUUCGUGGAACCACUGUCUACCUGGUGGACAAGCGUAUCGAUAUGCUGCCGUCGCUUCUUGGCACAGACUUAUGUUCACUUAAGCCUUACGUGGAACGCUACGCUUUCUCUGUCCUUUGGGAAGUGACGCCUAAUGCCGAGAUCGUCUCUUCGGAUUUCACCAAGUCGGUUAUUCGCUCGCGCGAAGCAUUCAGUUACGAGCAGGCGCAACUGCGUAUCGACGAUUCCUCCAAGAAUGAUGAACUGACACAGAGUAUGCGCCACUUGCUACACUUUUCUAAGGUCCUGCGCCAGAAGCGUAUGGAUGCUGGUGCCCUGAACCUCGCAUCUCCAGAAGUCCGCAUCGAGACCGACAGUGAUGAAGUCGGCGAUCCCCUGACUGAUGUCAAGACCAAGGCAAUGCUUGAAACUAACAGCCUGGUCGAGGAGUUCAUGCUUCUCGCCAACAUCACUGUUGCUUCAAGGAUCUACGAAUCUUUCUCGCAAACGGCCUUGCUUCGUCGACACGCCACUCCCCCGCCUCAAAACUUUGAAGAUCUCAGCAGUCAGCUGUCGAAGAAGCGAGGCAUGGAACUCGACGUUUCCAGUUCGGGGGCUCUGGCAAAUUCUCUGGACCGUUGUGUUGAUCCUAAGAAUCCUUUCUUUAACACUCUCGUCCGUAUUUUGGCGACGCGAUGCAUGACCUCUGCCGAGUACUUCUGCGCCGGAGCCCAUUCCGAGUCUGAAUUCCGCCACUACGGUCUGGCCUCGCCGAUCUACACACAUUUUACCUCGCCCAUCCGACGAUAUGCGGAUCUUCUCGUCCACCGACAACUCGCUUCUGCUAUUGGCUAUGAAGGCGAGGAUGGCCAUGCCGUCAUCGAGGGCGUCAGCACGCGUAACAAGCUGGAGGACAUCUGUCGCAACAUCAACUACCGACACCGCAACGCGCAGUUCGCUGGCCGCGCCAGUAUCGAAUACUACGUAGGCCAGGCACUUAAGGCUCGCGGAGAGAAGAUGGCUGCUGGCGGUGUUGACGCUGGCAUUGAUGAGGAAGGAUACGUGAUGCGUGUGUUCGAGAACGGCAUUGUUGUCUUCGUUCCACGUUUCGGCAUCGAAGGUGUCGUCCGGCUCGAGGACUUUGUUCUCCCUGGUGAGUCGGGGGCUUGUUCAGUCGCAGAAAGACGCGAGCUGGCGGCCCAUCGCACCACUGAAUUUGACAGCGAGGAAUACACGCUGCACGUGGCGGAGAAGGGACACCCAGAGAAAGAACGUGGUGUGAUCGUCGAACUCUUCCAGAAGCUCCGUGUUAAUGUCAGCUCGGUCAAGGAAGAGGGCCGCGGUGCUGGCAAGAGGAGAGUGCGGAUUUUGGUUACAGGGGCAUGA